UGUCACUCGCCGUCGGGCGGCUGUGUGGAGCGGACGGCGGAACGCGGGACGUCGCUUUCCACCGCGGAGGGAACCGGACAGCGGAACUGGCGGCCGGAGCUUCACCGUCACGGUCGGCGUCCGAUGGGCUUUGCACAGGGACUCCACGGAGCACCAUGAAGCGGCGAUCGUUAGCGAUGAUGAUCGCGGCCCUGGCUGUGGAAUUGGGUUUGUUCUUGUGUGCCGCGGGGGUCGCGCACGCUGCACCGCGGGGAGGUGACAGCAGCAGCGCCUGGACGGCCAGGAGGCACCCCCGCGAGGCCCCUGGGACCACCACGGGGCCGUCGAACGAAUCGCUUCCCAAUCACCUGCUGGAGGAGAAGCCGGUUGCACCUGCCGAGCCCGCGAUCGCAGCGGCGGACCGCGCAGCGGCUGUCAACGUGACCGGUUUAAAUGGCACGUAUGUGCUGAAUGCGGCAACUGUUGCGUCGCGCGCGCCCGGCGGUCCAGCUGUGAACGUCACGGCUGCACCGGCGCUCCCCCGGAGCACGAGUCAGUGGGGGGAGUCUUCAUCGAGCGCGGCGGUUAAGGCGACCCUCACCACGAAAAGCCAACCAGUUGAAUUCCCCUGCAACUGUAGCAGUGAGGGAGCUCUGGACCCCGAGGACUGUGAUGGGACAACCGGCCAGUGCUCCUGCCUGCCAGGCUACAUCGGCCUGCAGUGUGACACCUGCGAGGAUGGCUAUUUCAACAACGGCUCCACCGGCUGCCUGCCUUGUGGCUGUGACUCAUUUGGUGCCGUGGACCACUUGUGCAACAGCUCAGGGAUGUGCACGUGUAAGAUGGGAGUGUAUGGACCACAGUGCGAUGACUGCCAGCCGGGUUAUUUCCGCUUCAGUAGCACGGGGUGCCAGCCCUGCCAGUGUCACAACCACUCGAGCUACUGCCACCCGCAGUCUGGCAUCUGCCUGGAGUGCCAAGGGAACACACAAGGCCCGGCUUGCGAGGAAUGCAAACCAGGUUUCUACCGCGGACCUGGUGCUGCCCAGACGAACAACUGCCUUCCGUGUCCCUGCUCGACCCUCACCUCCACAAGCAGCUGCCAUUUUGAAGCCAGCGGCCUCCCAGUGUGUGACAAAUGUAAAGCAGGCUACAACGGCACCAACUGCAACCACUGUGCAGAUGGCUUCUACAUGUCAGCAGGCGUAUGCCUACCUUGUAACUGCAGUGACAAUGCAGACCCCCUGUCAUUCCCACGUCUUUGUGACCCGGUCACCGGCAACUGCCUGAGGUGCACCAACCACACAGCUGGCCCCCGGUGCGAGUACUGUGCCCCCGGCUACUUUGGCAAUGCCCUGGGCAAAGGCUGCUUCCAAACAGAAGUGAGGCUCCUCCCCUUUCCAGAAAACACUAUGGAGGCAAUGACAGUGGCGACUAUCAGCGUGACUCCAUCCACUAAUAGCAGCUUGGCAAGCAGCACCCCCAACAACUCCACAGAGUCCACUACCCCGCUAAUCACGAGUACAACCGUAACCGUGACCCAAAGCACGAUCCCUUCCACGACCCCAACUGUAUUCACAUCAACAUCAGUAACCCCGACCAUCACUGUAACCACAUCCACAGCCCCAACCACAACCAUGACCACAACUUUGAGCAACAGCCUGGGCAGCCCCACAGACAACACAACAGCCGCUGAGGCCGCCAUCUCCUGGGCCCAAUUCAACAUCAUCAUCCUGGCUGUGAUCAUCGUGGCUGUUGUGCUGCUCAUGGGCGUCGCUGCCGCUGUCUACAUGUACCGCGAGUACCGGAACCGCAAGCUGAAUGCCCCUUUUUGGACCAUUGAGCUCAAGGAGGACAACAUCAGCUUCAGCAGCUACCAUGACAGUCUGCCCAAUGCAGAUGUCUCCGGCCUGCUGGAGGGAGAGGGCGGUGAGGUGGCCCCCAGCGGCCAGCUCGCUCUUAGCAGCCCCGCGAACAUGUACAAGGCAUAGCAUACCUGUCGACUACACCCGCUCCUUUUACAAACCCCAACCACUCUUUGUGCACACCUCCGUAGGCCACGCCCUGGCUAGGCUUACACAGUGGGUAGUGGAAUAGGUGAUAUGUUUGCACAUGAGCAAUUUCAUGGAAUGAGCAGGUCAAAAGUGAGUGGGGUUAUGAUCAUCCUGCCCUACGCUGGGGUGGGGUGGUCUGCGAGUACGCACAUGAAUAAACGGCAGAGCUACUUUCACCCUCCACAGUGAAUCGCGCACAUGGAGCAGAAAGAAGAAUGUCCUCUGCUUCUCCUUUGGACCCUCAUCCAUGAUUGUCUACUUCAGAACUUUGAACUUUUAAUUAAGGGGAAAACGGCAAUAAACAUUGAGUGGGGAAAUAAUGUAAAUGGAUUUUAAACAAAAAAAAAUAUUUAAUGAAGUCUAACGACAUACUCACGUGCAAAUUUCCACGCCGCAUCGGAGUUCCAUUUUUAUGAAUGUCUAAAUUUUACCUUCCUCCAGGUUUAACAAAAAAAGAAAAAAAAAAAAAAAAAAAAAAAUUACCCAAGGAGUGUGUGGAGUGCGGAGUGUGGAGUGUGGAAUUUUCACGCUCUGCCUCUAGAGGUUAGUGUUGAGCGCUGGAGCUGAGUGGCACCGAAGUUCGCCUUGCUGGAUGUGACUUUUGACACUGGGCUGGGGGGUCUCACCUUGCAAUCCGUUACCAGUCAUCCUGAGAGCAAAGAAAACAUGUUCAGUUUUCGAGUAAAAUGGAAGAAGUGUUACCAGUUGCAAUUUUACUGUCUUUUGUUUUUCCCCUUUUUAAUUUAUUCGUUUUAUUUUGAGACUAAACGUUGCACAUUUCUAGGAAUGUUUUAAUUUAGAUUUUUAUUUUGUUGCUGCUCUUGCUUUCACUGCCCCGCAGACAACCUUUUGAGCACUAAAUUCGAACUAAGGCAGAGGUCCUCUAAUCACCGUUCUCUCUGGGCUGCUUUUUAAUAUAUUUUAAUGUGGAGUAAUAU